GUGGGCGCCGGCAUCACACAGAGGCUCGGGAGGAAGCUCGGCAGCCGUGGCGGUCGCGGACAGGCCGGACACCUCCUUGCUGGCGGAGCUUCCCCGAAUGCUGGCGAAAGCGAGGUCACGGUCCAGGCUACCGCGGCGUGGCUGAGGCGAUCGGCCAGGUGCAGGGAACGAGGGAUGUAGAUGCAAGUUCUCACUAUGCAUCAGAAAAAUGAAAAAACACAAGAAAGUUCAAUGGAGGAAAGGAAUACACUUAACCUUUUCUGAGAAAUGGAGUGCAGGGUUUGGAGGCUUUAAGAAAUUCUAUCUUCACCAACACUUGUGCAUUCUGAAAGCUAAGUUGGGAAGACCAGUUACUUGGAAUAGACGAUUGAGACAUUUCCAGAGUGGCAAGGAGACCCUUCAGAAAAGGUGGACCCAGAAUAAACCUCUUUGUGUUAAGACCAAGUCUAGAGUGCCUAUUCAGAAUGUCAGCACUUUGUCCUCUAAAGUGAAAAGAAAGGACAACAAGCAUUUUGUAUCUUCCUCAAGGAGUCUUCUGAAACUCCAAGCAAAUAAGUUGCUGUCAAUAACAAAGAACUCAGACCAUGAAUACUGUGGAGAGAAAAGACUCUUGAAGGCAGUUGGUGGCUUACCAGCAAAUAUUGUUUCAGGUCAGGUCAAUGGUCACAAACGCAGGACAGAGCCACAAGUUUCUGACUUUCCCAUGAAGUUCAAUGGGGAGAGCCAAAGACCAGGUGAGAACAGCAAAGUUGUGCUCACUCUGAGCAAUCAUAAGAGAAAACGCUUUUACUAUGGCUGUUACCAAGGGCCAGAGCAUCACAGGAAUGGGGAGUCCCUGAUUCCAAAGAAGCUACAACUUAACCAACAUCGAAAAAUAAAAGUGUCUUCUCUUAUGAUGUAUGAGAAACUAUCCAUGAUUAGAUUUCGGUAUAGGAUUCUCAGAUCGCAACACUUCAGAACAAAAGGCAAAGUUUGCAAGUUAAGAAAAGCCCAGCGAAGCUGGGUACAGAAAGUCACUGGGGAUCAAGAGAGCCUUAAGGACAACACUGAGAGUGGCAAUUGCAGCCCAUUCUCUUCCCCAGAACCUAAAGACUCUUCUUGUCAGCAUCUACCAUACUUUCCAAAUAUGGAUGGCAGUGUUGGGGUGAAGGGAAAGAACUCUCUCAUGCCUGAUGGCCACACUAAAGGAAGUUCUUUCUUGGACAAGGACCUUAAUUUGGAUGGAGCAUUCCCUGACCAACAAAAUGGCAGUGCCACAUAUACCUGGGACCAGUCACCCUGUGCUCCUAAGUGGGAAUGUACAGAGGCCAUCCAUGACAUUCCCUUAGCAGAACAUCAUUCUAGUAACAUGUUCACCUCAGAAACUGAAAGAGAACUUGUGACUCUGAGUCAGGAAAGUCAAACAAACACUGUUACUAAUGACAGCCUAAAGCUGUUGGUGUCUGAAGUUGAUAAAUCUGUGAGCACUGUCGUUGGGCCUGUGUCUGAAGAGACUGUUCAAAAUGAGAACUCCUACCAGAUGGAGGAGGAUGGACCUCUCAAGCAGAACAUUCUUAGUUCUAAGUUGCUGGACCACCCUUACUGUAAAAGUCCACUGGAAGCUCCCCUGGUAUGCAAUGAACUCAAACUAGAAAACCAAAUGGGAAGUGGAAAGUAUGGUCAGAAAACUUCUGCAGUGGAUGAUGAACAGCUCUUAAGCUGCCUUUCUGGAUUCCUAGAUGAGACUAUGAAAAAGUAUGGCAGUUUGGUCCCACUCAGUGAAAAAGACGUCCUUGGAAGAUUAAAAGAUGUUUUUAAUGAAGACUUUUCUAAUAGAAAACCAUUUAUCAAUAAAGAAAUAACAAACUAUCGUGCCAGACAUCAAAAAUGCAACUUCCGAAUUUUCUACAACAAGCACAUGCUGGACAUGGAUGAUCUGACUACCCUGGAUGGUCAGAACUGGCUAAAUGACCAGGUCAUUAAUAUGUAUGGUGAGCUAAUAAUGGACGCAGUUCCAGACAAAGUUCAUUUCUUCAACAGCUUUUUCCAUAGACAGCUGGUGACCAAAGGAUACAAUGGAGUUAAGAGAUGGACUAAAAAGGUGGAUUUGUUUAAAAAAAGUCUUCUGUUGAUUCCUAUUCACCUGGAAGUUCACUGGUCUCUCAUUACUGUGACACUCUCGAAUCGAAUUAUUUCAUUUUAUGAUUCCCAAGGCAUUCAUUUCAAGUUUUGUGUAGAGAAUAUAAGAAAGUAUUUGCUGACUGAAGCCAGAGAAAAGAACAGACCUGAAUUUCUUCAGGGUUGGCAGACUGCUGUUACCAAGUGUAUUCCACAACAGAAAAAUGACAGUGACUGUGGAGUCUUUGUGCUCCAGUACUGCAAGUGCCUCGCCUUAGAGCAGCCUUUCCAGUUCUCUCAAGAAGACAUGCCACGUGUGCGGAAGAGGAUUUACAAGGAGCUGUGUGAGUGCCGGCUCCUGGACUGAGACUCAGAAGGGACUCUGCAAGUCUGACCAAGUUGGAGCAGAUGGUUUGUUACUUGAAUCUCCAAACAUUUAUUUGAAUUUUUACAGAUACUUCAGAUUAGUGGUAUUGGGCCACUAUUAUUACCUCAAAGUUAUUUUUUCCCCUUUUCAUUUAGCCAGCUACCAUGUACUUUUUUAAAUGUUCAGUUUGGUUUCAUUUUUAACGUGUGGAUUCCAUGUGUCCCUCCCAUAUUUAAUAUUUAUUAUCCAAACGCAUGCACAUAGACAGAGCAUGCAGUGAAGAGUAUUAAAAAAAAAGCCUAGUAGAUUUGGUGCAGCUUUUGAAACUUAAACACGAACUGAAUACAGGUUCAAACGUUAACCUCAGAACCUAAAAAAUGCAAAGAUGAUUCUGUUACAGCGGAACUCAAGAGUAUUUGUUCCCUGGUGCAUAAAGGGUGGCUGGGAGCAGCCAGUCUUUUUUUACUUUUACCAGCAGCACUUUUCACUGACUUCCCUCAGAGCAUGAGAUGCAUUCCUUUUGAAGGGUGAGAUGGAAGUGAUUGUAACUGAUGUGGCUCUUUGGUGUGUGGAAGCACACUUUCUGGCAAGCACAACUCCUACUUUGGGAAGAGUUGAUUAAGGUAUGAGAAAAAGGUGUCAGCCGUGGGGGGCCGUUAUCUUAAGUGAGAUCUCCAUCAGGAAAUGUAAUACAUGGCAAAAUCUCAUAAAGGCUUUCGCUAUGAUGCUGAAUUUCUUGGCUUUUUCUGUUCUUGACCUAUGAAAAAACUCAGCAAACUAGUGGUCAGACCAAUGAGCAUUCAUCUUUCUCUCAAGGAAUUUGCAAGUUGUUACUUCUGUUGUGUUGCCUCCUGUAUGGAAGACAUUAAGGUUAAGAUCUACCAAAUUCUAUUUCCAGAGAGUAUUUGGAAUAUAAACUUCAGGAUGGAAGGCUGACUUCAGGUCUUCCAGGCAGUGAGUUUGAUGGGAGUGCAGCACAUGUAUCAGAAGUCUUUCCCUCCUGUCUUCCCCGUUAUCUCAGCAACACCCCAGGCUCAUUGGCUUCUGUACCAGUCGUGACACUCCAGCACAGGAGUUUCUUUUUCCCCUUUUAAUCAACUUCAUUCUCUGGGAACAGGCUGUAAAUGUGGCUCUCUGCCCUUAUUCUUAGCUGCAUUAAGAUAUGGGCUGGGCUCCAGUGACUUACACGUGUUAUCCUAGCUACUCAGGAGGCUGAGAUCUUAAUUCGAAGCCAGGUGCUGCAGAAAAGUCAGUCUUCAAAAUAACCAGUGAAAAAAGCAGGGUCAGAGGCAUGACUCAUGUAGCAAAACACAAGUUAGUUUGGAGUUCAAACUCAGUUCUGGCAAAAAAUGAAGAUGAAAGCAAAGGAUCUAGCCUUUUGCAAUGUAUUUAAAAGGAAUAUGCUAAACAUACAGAAUUAUAUUUUCUGAACUCAGGAAGGAAAAAGUGUAUACAGAAACUUGUACUGAAAAUUAUGAAGUAGCUGACAAACAAUACUUGAAUUUAUGCCUGGUUAGGUGAGUUGUAAAAGGUUUCACUUGGUUGUAAGAUAUGGCUGAGCAAAGUAGACUGCCCACAAUUGAGUGUUGAGUCAGACUAUGUUGACACACAGGGUUCCCAACACCAGCAUUUGUUUGUCCUGAGUCCUCCACACUUAGUUUAAAACUGGUAUUUCUUACUAUGCCUCAGGUCAGUAAAAGACUGGGAAGCUGGGUAUCGAUGACUCACACCUGUAAUCCUCCUUGCUCAGGAGGCUGAGAUCUGAGGAUCUUGAUUCAAAGCCAGCCUGGAUUGUCUUCACUGGAGACUCAUAACCAGUUAACCAGCAAAAAGCCAGAAGUGGUAGAGCUCAAGUGGUAAAGCACCAGUCUUGAGCAAAAAAAAAAAAGCCAAGCAAGAGGGCAAGGCCUUGAGUGCAUGCCCCAGUGAGUAGAAGCACUCCAUACUGCUGCAGUUGUUAUCACUACUAGGAAAGAUGAGAACUUAAGAGUGGGGAAGAUGCCUUCUUUAGGUUUUUAGACAUAAUCAUGCCAACACAAGGUUCUUCCAAAGGCAUCCUCUCCCCCUUUUUUUGGUGGCUGUACCAAAGUAGUUAAGUAACUAGGCAACUGACUCAAAAUAUAUUGUAUUAAAAAAUUGUAUGUUAUGCUGGAUGCCAGUGGCUCACGCUUAUAAUCCUAGCUACUGAGACUGAGAUUUGAGGAUCAAGGUUCAAAGCCAGCCC